UGGAGCCUUUUUGGUUUUACCUUUCACGCAAAUAUCUAUGUAGCUGGCCUUAGUUCCUGUUCAAUCCCCCAACAAAAUGGUUCGAUUCUCCCUCCUGCGGAUUUAUUUCGAAGUGAGUCGCUUGAUAGGACUCUGCAAUCUACACUACGACUCCCGGAAUAAUCGAUUUAUCCUCAACCAUGUGCCCACUGUGAUUUACUGCCUCCUUCUGAAUGUGGCCUAUCUUCUGAUCCUGCCAUUUGCCUUGGCCCUUCUAACUGGCAAUGUUUACGAUUGCAAAACUAUGGGAAUGUUCGGAGUGGUCUAUAAUGUGGUGGCUCUGACCAAACUCCUGACCAUGCUUUUCCUAAUGUUCAGUGUUUGGAUGAAGAGGCGUCGGCUUCAGCAGUUGGGAAAUGAUCUGAUGAAAAUGCUGCACAAAUUCCGGUUUGCUAUUAAAAGCGAUUGCAGGAAGAGAUGUCUGUGCAAGGUAUUGCUGACCAGUUCCCGAUUUGUGAUCCUCGCGCAGCAGCUCCUGACCCGAGACUCCUUGGUCCAUUGCGACAAUGACACCAGUUUCAGGAGAGCUAUGGUUCCGUACCAUAUGGCUUCAGUGGUGUACGCUUUAAUAUUGAUUCUACUAAUGAGCUAUGUGGACUUGACGGUCUACAUCAUCCAGGUGGCCGGGAACUGGCUGUUGGUAAACAUGGCCCAGAGAGUCCAGGAAAUGAUCCAGGAUCUGGAGGUCUUGCCCGAACGAAUGGGUGCUCCCCGAGAGAUGGGGUUGAGGCAAGUCCUUCCCGCCUGGCGCAAGCUUUGGAAGCACUGCAUCCAUUUGGACGAGGUUCUGAAGCAUAUUGUUGAUAUCUUCCAGUGGCAGCUACUCUUCAAUCUGCUAAGCACCUAUAUUUUCCAUAUAGCCAUUUUGUUUCGACUGUGGAUUUACCUUGAGUUCGAUACAACUUUUCAUAUAUGGAAAGGCAUCUUGUAUGUUGUUCUGUUUCUCACUCAUCACGCCGAGAUCAUAAUGCAGUUUUCCAUUUUUGAGAUCAAUCGCUGGAAGUGGUUGGAGCUCCGUGAUCUUUUGGUAAAACUAUGUGAUGCCAAUUUUUCGGCCAUCCAAUAUAGAAACAGUCAGGGAUUGAUUCUCUCCAGACAGUUAGAGUUCUCAAUCUUGUAUCUCAACCGGAAACUUCAACUGAAUCCAAAACGUGUGAGACGCCUUCACAUCGUAGGAUUUUUCGACCUAAGUAACUCAUCGGUUCAUCAAAUGUCCAGAAACAUAAUCACCAAUGUUUUGGUUCUUUGUCAGAUUGCCUACAAAAUAUAUGGUUGAAAAAUAUACAAUACAUAUCAAUCAUUGAUGCAUUGAUGAUAAAGUAUCUACAUGCAUUCUACAUGAUUUAUACGUGAAGCCUACAUUAACUUUCAUCAAUUGUUCAUCAACCUUACAUGCAUUAUACAACAUUAUUACAUCAAUUUUACUUUAAUUUUACAUCAAUUGUAAUCAAUUAUACAUAAAUGAACAUUCAUUUUACAUCACGUUUAUAUACAUCUUACAUCAAUGUUAAAUUUAGUCUAUAAUUUUAUA